GAAGAUCUGUCAGAUGUCAUUUGAGUAAUAAUUACUAAAAAAUUUGCGGUGUUUCUCUAUUGUUGAGGUUAAAACUCGCAUUAAUCGAUUUCUGAAAUAACUUGCGGAUUUUUCACGGGAAUGUUGAUAUUGCGUGGUGAUUGUUACGGCUCAAACCGCUCAUUACGCAGCUUUUUUUCACAUGUCGGCUUGUGUUCGCCGUAAAGUACCGUUCAAGUAUAGUCACAAAGUCCAAGAGAAGUCAGCAAAAAUGAGCCCUGAGGGCAAUUGAAAGAGAGAAAAAUAUGAGUUUCAAUGGCGAUGGAUCCAAGGGCAUUGCUGAUGUGCAAUUGAAACAAUUCAUCGACGUUGUAGCCGCCAAUCAGAAGUUUCAGGGUCUAGUGCAUAGCCUGACAGAAAUCUGUUGGGACACUUGUGUGGACCGUCCAACACCGCGUCUGGAAUCAAAAACCGAGAGGUGUCUGGUAAACUGCAUUGAGCGUUUCAUCGACACAACAAACUACAUAACAAAUCGCCUGGAGAAAGUAGCCCAGUCUUCAGGAGCCUUCGAGGCAGAAUAGCCCAAAUCCCCGUUAAAUUAAUGCUAAGGAUAGAGACGGUGAAUGGGUCAAGAGAGAACCUCAAAGAAAAUUCACAAUGUUCUCGUCACUAGGUCGAUUCUUGAGGAAUCAUCGACGUACGUUGGUAGUCAGUGGGGUAAUAAUGGGUGGAGCUGUUGUUCUCUGGAGGUGCAGCAGGCAGAAGCUGUUAGAAUGGAAGCAGAAUGAGGUGCAGAAGUUGCUGCAGGGAUCGAGAAGGAGUCAACAUUUCGAGAGCACUGAGAGAUCCUGCAAUCAGACGAUAAUGAAUCUUGCAGUGUGUGUGAGAAAUUCUGUGACAAAAUCUCUGGAUACUGAGAAAGUCGUCAAUGAUCUUAGAGAGGGCUCAGCUGACAAGAUAGCCGCCUGGAAUAAAUUGAAAGUCUUCUCGAUAGCUCGUUCUGCCACCAUAAUCUAUGCCAAUACGAUGCUCGUGGCGACCCUCAGGGUGCAGCUGAGCCUUAUGGGUGCUUAUAUGUUCAAGAACUACCAGAAGACUCUGGACUCUGGCUCCCUGAGUGAGCAGCUUCAACAGAAAUACCUCACCCUCUGCAGCUACUUCAUCGACGAGGGAAUCCAGAGGCUCAGCGGCUUCAUUGAAAGGCACGUCGAGCAUACAGUCAGCUCUAUCAAACUGACUGAUAAACUCAGUAUCAGAGACCUGGAGCAGAUCUACCUCGCCAUAAUUUCCACUGUAAUCCUCGAUGAGGAGAAUGAUCCGGUCAAGAAGCUCACGAGUUACAUGCUACCAUCCAAGGUCGAACGUGAAGAUGAUCCCCUUCUUAAGAAAAUUAUCAAUGAGACUCUGGAUCUCUUGGAGAGCCAGGAGCUGCAGAAUCUCGUGCAGGCAAAUGUCAGGACCGGAUUUGUGGCGCUGAUUGAUAAGAUCUCGGAGUAUUUUAUUGAAAUUCCUUUCGAGAAAAAUGGAAUUUCCAGUCUGAAGGAUUUGGAGAAGAAGAAUGGAUUCUUGGAUAUUAAUAAAAUUACGAUGCCCAUGGCCAAGAUUAUUCCUAUUAUCAAUGGACAAGUGCCUGAUGCACCCACUCAGAAUGAUAUAUCUGCGGACUGGCUGCAGAAGCUCAUCAUGAAUGAGAUGUUCAAGUCAUUCGGGGCUAAUAUUUAUGAGGCGUUCAGCUUUUAGGGGAUUUUCUGGGUUCCACUUGCACCCAUGGAAGGGAAAAAUUAUUUUAUAUACAUGGAUGUAAUGUUGUUAAUAAAUUAAUCGAGGUGUAAACUAUUUCUUCAU